AUGGCUGUCGAAUACGGCAAGAAGACUAAUGCAGAGCUGAUUGAGAUCCUCAAGUCGCGCGGCCUCAGUCACACGGGAAAGAAGGCAGAUAUGGUUGCGCGGCUUCAGGAAGCAGAUAAAGCCGCUGCUGCUGCUUCGGUGCCCGCUCCAGCUGAAGACGUUAUCGAUUGGGACGACGAUGCCGCAGAGACCGCUCCAGCAGCACCCGCAGCUCCCAAACCAGCUCCAGCGGCUCCAGCAGCUGUUCCAGAGCAAAAGCCAGCUACCCAGCCAGCUACCGCGCAAAAGGCGAAUGCUGCAAAACCAGAGGAGAAGACUGAAACUGCGACUGCAGCAGCGACUGCCACUGGCGCCUCAGAAGCAAAGCCUACUGACGAACAACAAAAGACAAACGGCACAGAUGAGAAGGCUGCUACCGAAGAGAAGAAGACCGCAGAGAAACCUGCCGUCGACUAUAGCAGAGGUCUUGCAACCACAGACGUUGAUUCUGAGCUUGCGAAACGUAAAGCCCGUGCUGCGAAGUUUGGAGCUGUCGACGAACCUGCUGUCGCGACGGAGGCUGAAAAAGCACUUGCCAGAGCCAAGAGGUUCGGCACCGCGAGCGAUGAACCGGCCAAAAUAAAAGGGUUGGACGAAGCUUUGCCCACCCGGAAGCGAGGACGAGGUGAUGAUGGAGACAGCGGCCGGGGAAAGCGUAGGAACUUCCACGGACGGGGAAGAGGAAGAGGCGGCCCACGCAGGAGUGGUCGCAGCGAGGCCAACAACAAUAACAGCAGCAGCAAAGCCAAGGUCAGUGAGGCAGACCGUAUUGCCAUGGAGAAGAGAAAGGAGCGUUUUGCUGCGAAAUAA